AUCCAGGCGACCGCAUCGCGCAGUUUUGCUGAGAGCUGCCGUCCUGUAAAAAGCUACAGGAUUUCGAGAUUGCCACCGCCCUCUUUUGGACUCGAAUAUCCGAUAAUCGGUCACCAUGGUGUUACUCAACUUGCUGACUUUUGGGUUAUGGUCAAAGCUCGGUCGCCUGACCCAUUAUGCCUUUGACGCUGUGCUCUUCUCAGCAUUCCUAGCGGGAAUGAAGCGAUCGACCGGCCUCACUUUCAAGACAGACAAGGUCGCCGGAGAGAACAAGGAAGUGUCAAAAUGGGUGGACAAAUACCUCGGCGUCGGAGAGUGGGUGAUGGACCAAUCAGUCGCCAUUGCAGGCUCGAGCGGAUGGUUUGAGAGGACCAGGUAA